GGCCGGAACCAUGCAGUAGCAGCACAACAGCAGUACAUCGGACCGGAUCUGACCGGACCGCCCCGCCUUGCCCAGACCGGAAGUGACAGAAGUCUUCGUUCCAAUUUGGAAAGCAAGCGAGUGAGUUGCAGCGCGCUGAAUGAGUAAUUUGAUUGUGCUGCAGAUACACGUAAAGAAUUAAGAUUUCUUUUCAGAUUCAGAAUGAACAAUCUAAAAGCACCCAGUGACAGAAUUUAUGAACUUAUUGACUGCAAGGUUUGUAACAUAAAGCUUCAAAAUGAGACCACUUACAAAAUACACUUGACAACACCUCAACACUUGAAGAAAGAGGAUUCUCUUGUUGCAUGUGGUAAGAUCCCAAAGCUACCCAGAGUAACAAAAUGGGAGAACCUGAAUGAGUACCUUGAUUAUCUCCGACUUGAUGAGCCUUUCAUUGGUUUGCAGCAUGUAAUUGAGGUUGACCCUCUGAAGUAUCUGUGCAGACUGUGUUUCUAUGAGGCCGAUAUGCCCAGCAUUGCGUUGCACCUUGUUGGACGGAAACACAGACAAAAAUACUUGGAAACCAGUCGCCCUGAUUUGGUAGUCUGGGACGUAAACACUCCUUCACAACUUGGGAAAACCAUCAAAGCACAAGCAGAAGUUGUUGAACGUCAGGAAGGAAGGGGGGUAAUUGAGUGUCAUGCUGAAGAGGCCUGUUUAAAAAGGACCCGUUUUGCAUUGGUACUUCCCCUUGCAACACUAACAAAGAAGAAGAAUAUUGCUCCAGUGGACCAGAAAGGAAAGGGCUUCCUUAAAGCUUGGCAGGGGAAAAUAAGAAAAUCGCGAUGGGAUACACCAGAAGACCACUUGUCUGAACCAGUUGGGAAUUUCCUUGAUCAGCUGAAAGCCCUCACAGGAAAUGUAUCAAGUUCUAAUCCAGCUUCCAGAACUGAAUUUUCAAGAGAUGGAGGGUACCCAGAAGAUGACUUGCGUGGAAGGUACCCAGACAAUAACUUGCGUGGAAGGUACCCAGAAGAUGACUUGCGUGGAAGGUACCCAGAAGAUGACUUGCGUGGGAGGUACCCAGAAGAUGACUUGCGUGGGAGGUACCCAGAAGAUGACUUGCGUGGGAGGUACCCGAAAGAUGACUUGCGUGGGAGGUACCCGGACGAUAACUUGCGUGGGAGGUACCCGGACGAUAACUUGCGUGGGAGGUACCCGGACGAUAACUUGCGUGGGAGGUACCCGGAAGAUGACUUGCGUGGAAGGUUCCCAGACGAUGACUUGCGUGGAAGGUACCCAGACGAUGACUUGCGUGGAAGGUACCCAGACGAUGACUUGCGUGGAAGUUACGCGAAAGAGGACUUGCGUGGAAGUUACGGGAAAGAGGACUUGCGUGGAAGUUACGGGAAAGAGGACUUGCGUGGAAGUUACGCGAAAGAGGAUUUGCGUGGAAGUUACGGGAAAGAGGAUUUGCGUGGAAGUUACGGGAAAGAGGAUUUGCGUGGAAGUUACGGGAAAGAGGACUUGCGUGGAAGUUACGGGAAAGAGGACUUGCGUGGAAGACUUCCUUCUGGAGAUGACCUAGGUAGAAGAUUUCUCAAAGACGGCUUCAGUGGAGACAGCCCUGGAAAAAGGCAGUUGGAAGAUGACCAGGAUAGGAGAAGAAUUCCUGAAGGUGGACUAGGAAGAAAUAAAAUAUUUGAAAAUCUCCCAGGAUUAAAAAUCCGUGACUAUGAUUCAGGCAGGAAACUGUAUGAUGAUGAUAGUCAAGGAAGGAUUCCUCAUAAUGUGCCAGAGAGACAGCUGGUUGAAGGCGAUGGUGAAAGGAGACUCUCUGCCGGUGGUUGGGGCAGACCCUUGACUCAAUCCGGUGCAGGAGAGAGACUUUUUGAAGGAGAUGUAGGAGGCAGGAAGUUGCCCGCUGGUUAUCAUGCAGAUAAAAUGGCUUCAAGACUUCAUGGGGACAGACCUCGUGGAGGCUAUCCUGAAAACAGUCCAGCUGCAGGAUUCCCUGAAGGGGGUGCUGGGGGAAGAUUUCCUGAAGGUGGUCUGAGUCGAAGGCCCAACGCAGACAGCCUGGUUAGAAGCUAUCCUGAAGAUCCUUCAGCUGCAGCAUUUCCUGCUGAUGGUCGAAGUGAAAGAACAGACUUUGAGACAUUCUCCAACAAGAGGUUAAGAAUGGAUCCCAUGGUUCCAAAACAGGAUGAAUAUCUACAAGAUGGCUACAGUAGAGCACAAACAGCAGUUGUAAAUCCAGGUGACUUUUUGAACUCAAUGGGAAGCAUUGAAAUGCAAAGUCCAGAAGAAGCCACAUUUCUAAGAGAGAAGCUUUGUGAUAUUUUGAAGGAAUUUCAAGCGAAAAAAGCGCAAGGAGAGACUGUUAAGCCGGGUGUUCCACAGCCUACCAUUUUUAAAGAUUAUAACCACAUGAAAGUGGAUCCUGGUAUGCCUAGUAGAGAUGGUUAUCAAGUUGGUGGAGGUGAUUUUGGGAGCGACUCGAAGUCCGCUGGAAGGCGUUCUUCUGAUAGGUCAUUGUAUCCGCUUCCUGCAGAAAGGUGGCCUUCCGACCGAUCCCAAUACCCACUCUCUUCCUAUGGGCAAGAUCCUCCGAAUGCAGGAAGAUUCUCUGACGAUGGGCCGGUUUACCAACCCCCUUCCUCUCGAGGGGCUUUUUCCUUUCCUGGAGCUUCCUCCGCAUACCAGUCACCUUCUGGCGAUAAAGCGGGAUAUGCAACACAGAGGGAAAGACUGAAUGAAGCCCCCCCACUGUCCUUCAACAGGGGAGGGCCAGCGGACCGAGGAGCCUCAACCUCUUCAGAUAAACUCACAGCCACUCUCCUGCAGGUCUUCUCACGUGGAUUUAAAUAAAAACGAAAGAAUUGCAUCUAUUUCAAGUAAUAUGUUUUUUCACUUAUUUUCUUUUUUUAUGAAAUUGAUUUCUGCAAUGUACUAUUUUAUCUUUAAUCUUAAAAAAAAUAAAAUAAUAAUAAUUGAAUUCAAUUUAAAGCCUUUUGUUGAGGCAUAAUGUUGAUUUAAGGUAUACAUUAGAUAAUAGAAAAUGUUAUCUAUAAUUUAGUAAGCAGUUGUUUCUAUGGAGCCUUUACUGAAGAUAGUUUCUGGUUUAUUGUGUGUGUUGCUUUAGUGUUGUCAAUGUUGUUUUUAUUGUUGCAGACUUGCUUUUUUUUUUUUUUUUUAACUCCACUGUGGUGUAAUACAUUCUUUAACAAGUUUUAUUUAAAGUCUUUAAAUAAUUUAGUAAACCAUCGUGCUGCUUGUCUUUGUCUUUUGUGAAGGAACACAAUUCAGUUGUGAAGCAAAAAUAUAUGUAGGUAUUCUCGCUCCAAAUUAAGCCAGUUUGUGGGGAAUUUAGUUUCUUCCAUUUGUUAAUGAUAUAUAUAUGUUUUUAUUUCUAAAAAACAAAAAAAACAAAAAAAAACAAACACGCACACUGGAUUGCAGUUUUUUCACUCAGUAUUGAUUUGAGUAGCUUUUACAGAUGUGGUCUGUAAUUGCAUUAUGUUACUGUGAUAAAAUACCUUUGAUGUGACAUUGUUACACCUAAUUUACAGUCUGCUUGAAUGCUAGCGCUGUGAUGCAUCCAGAGCAAAUUUAAAACCAUCUGCAUGUAACUUUUGUUUCUCUGUAAUGAGGAUAGACAAUAAAAAAAAGUUCUCCUUCGAUUAGGAGCUGUGUUA